AUGAUGGCCACCGUGUCGGGCAUUGAAAGCACCCCAAAUCCGUCGUCGUUUCUGGUGCGUCUUUCGCAACCGCUCUCUGGCAUGGAAGAUAUUGAGGGAUUAAAGGGGAAAACAUUCACAACAGCAACUGCUACUGGAAGUUCCGAAAUUGGAGAUAUCCUAGCUAUUGAUGGAGUCACGAGUGUCUACGCCAUGGCCACGCCUCCAGCUCUCACCAUUAUGAAGCAUGUGUCUGGAAAAUGGGAAGAGAUUCUGCCUCUUGUCAUGGCAGCCAUUCAUACCGACCAGAACACAGCAGAGGACGAUUCAAUUCUGCAGAGCCUACUCGCCACAGUCCUAGACGCGUCGAAAACCAACCAGCAAGACACAGCGCUCCGUGGUCAAGUACGUCUGAGAUUACAGGCGUCGUAUCGGAUACCGAUUCAAAUUGAGGCAUCCGGUUUCUUGGGGACGACCAAGCGAGUCAAAGCGUCGUCCAGGUUCAGUCAAUGCAUGCAGGAUUUGAUAGAGGCAGCAGACACUGCUGAAGGGUCCAUUGCCAAGAUUGAUUUCUUUGCCAACCGAAAAUGGAUGGAUCAGGGAGUGCGCUAUUUGGAUUUAGAAGAUGAUACUGGUAUAGAUUCUUCCAGUCUUUCCGAACAAGAUCAAGAGGCAUCAGAUAUUGAUACAGUGCUCGCAGCGGAAUUGAAAAAUCUGGACGCUGCUUACUCGCCGGAACGCCUUGCUUCGCUGGUCACAAAAGCUCUUCGUGGCGAUGAGAAGAAGACGCAACAAGUAAAAAUCAGCGUUUCUCCCCUCGACGAUGACGACUUUGAUGCAACAGAUCUGGAUUUGCAAAAGGUGGAUCACUACUGCGAUAUGGCGGAUCACGGCGAUAUGCAAGCCUUGCUCAUUCUAGCAAAUUUUGUGGCAAGCCACGACGGUGAAAUGGCGGCUCGACGCAGCGCCUUGGCGUUUCUAGGCGGAACGGGGGACAUUGUCGCGACUACUGCAGCAAAGAAAGACAGAGACAACGACAUAGUUGACUAUGGGGCAACGGUGCUGGAUGCUGUCACGUCGGCUCUCCAGAACGAAAAGAAUCCCAUUAUGAGGCGGACUGCGGGCGACGCAUUGAGUGAUUUGGGAGAUGAUCGUGCCGUACCGCCCGCUUGCGUUGCUUUGGUAGAAGACAAGAGUAAAUUGGUACAAUGGCGUGCGGCACAGAUUCUGGGGGAGCUCGGGGCAUCCUUGGAUGUUGUGGGGGUCCUCAAACAAGCCUCUUUUUCCGACAAAUAUGCCUUUGAAGUCGCCUUUGAGAUCAAGGAUGCGUUGCGAAAAGUAAAAGAGCGUAUCCAGCAACAACAGCAACAAACUGAAGCAGGCAGUGUCAAUGGUGCAGCGAAUACUGGUACGGGGCCGGUGUGGAAGCAAAUCCAACAAGGUAUGGACUCUUCCUAA